AUGGCAAACAACCAUCAUCUGCUGCUACUCUUUCUUGUGGUCAUCACCACCACAACCAUACCUGUUCAUGGAAAUGGAAAUGGAAACUCCAUCAAGAUAGGAAUUGGAGUGAUUCUUGAUAUGGCAUCCAUGGUUGGUAAGAUCACCCGCACCUGCUUUUCAAUAGCGUUACAAGACUUCUAUCAACAACACACCAACACCACCACCAUCAUCGUCCCCAACUUUCGUGAUUCCAAACAAGACAACGUUCAAGCUGCUUCUGCAGCCAUAGACCUCUUGAAAAACCUUCAAGUCAUCGCCAUUUUUGGACCCAUGAAAUCCUCCCAAGCCGAUUUCGUUACCGACAUUGGCAACAAAUCCAAGGUUCCUAUCAUCUCUCCUGCUACAACCCCUUCUCUCUCCCCCAAUCGCAACCCCUACUUCAUCCGAUCUGCACCCAAUUCUUCCGCUAACAUCGAACCCAUCACGCAAUUCAUCAAGUCGUUCGCUUGGAAGCAAGUGGUGUUCGUUUACGAAGAUGGUGAUUAUGGAACAAGCUUCAUUCCUUGUUUAUCUGAUGCCAUGCUAACCAUCGGAGCCAAAGUCAUGUACCGCUCCAUCGUAUCUCCAUCUGCUUCCGAUGAUUGGAUUCUUCAAGAGCUCUAUAAACUAAAGACUAUGCAAACUCGGGUUUUCGUGGUGCAUACUUUACCGGCUCUGGCUUCGCGAUUCUUCAAGAAAGUAAACGAAGCUGGAAUGAUGGAAAAAGGGUACGUGUGGAUCAUCACGGAAGUCGUCACAAGUCAAUUGCAUACUUUAGAUAUAGAUUCGAUGCAAGGAGUUAUCGGCGUGAAGUCGUUCAUCCCCAGGUCCUAUCGGCUAAUCAACUUUGAAAAGAGAUGGAAAACAAGAUUCCGGAGUCAGAAUCCGGAGGUUGAUGUCAUUGCACCAGAUAUGUUUGGGAUAUGGUCGUAUGAUACGGUUUUCGCGCUAGCAAUGGCAUUCGAGAAGGUGGCAAGUGAUCAAAUCGAUAUGACCUUCCACCGUGAAAUGAAAUCAUCGACAACAGACUUGGAUGCCAUUGGAACCUCGGAAAUGGGACCAAAGCUCCUUCCAUGGAUCCGAAACUUACGCUUUGAAGGAUUAAGUGGCAACUUCCAUAUCGUCGACGGACAGUUACAAUCCUAUGUCUACCAAAUAGUGAACAUAAUCGGGAAGGGGGAGAAGCCUAUCGGAUACUGGACUCCUGGAAACGCCAUCUCAAAGACAUUAAAAUUAACAACCAACAAACAAUUGAAAGAUGAACUCGGAGCCAUCACUUGGCCCGGUGACACUCAUCUCAUCCCUAAAGGUUGGGAGAUCCCAACCAGCAACGAAAACAAGUUAAGAGUCGGAGUUCCAGCGAAAGGGGGGUUUGUUCAAUUCAUCGAUGCCAACUUCGAUCCUCAAACCAAAAAGGUCGUAGCAACCGGUUUCUGCGUUGAUGUUUUUAAAGCAGUGGUCGACGCUUUGCCUUACGCUGUGAGAAGCGAAUUCAUUCCUUUUGUUACUCCAGAUGGCACGAGACCUGCAGGAAGCUAUAACGAUCUUGUUUACGAGGUCUUCCGUGGGAAAUACGAUGCGGUGGUCGGAGACAUUACGAUCCUUGCAAACCGAUCAGAAUAUGUAGAUUUCACAUUGCCAUACACCGAGGCCGGUGUUUCAAUGAUUGUUCCGAUCAAGGUUGACGAGAGGACAAGUGCCUGGAUCUUCACGAGACCUCUAGAGCGAGACCUGUGGAUAACUACAGGAGUGUUUUUCAUAUACACCGGAGUCGUGGUAUGGAUUCUGGAGCAUCGUGUAAACAAAGAAUUCCGAGGGCCCCCUCAUCAACAAGUCGGAACCAUCUUCUGGUUUUCCUUGUCCACGCUCGUUUUCGCCCACAAGGAGAAGUUGAAAAGCAACUUAUCGCGCUUUGUGGUGGCGGUGUGGGUGUUUGUGGUUCUAGUGCUGACUUCCAGCUAUACGGCAAGCUUGACAUCCAUGUUAACGGUCCAACAGCUUCAGCCUUUGUACACCGAUAUCCAUGAGAUAAUGAGAAAUGGAGAAUCGGUAGGAUAUCAAGAUGGUUCAUUUGUUGCCGGUAUGCUAAUAGGGAUGGGGUUUGAUGGUAGCAAGUUGAAGAGCUACAGCACGUUCGAAGAGUACGAUAACGCCCUCCAGAUUGGAAGUAAAAAUGGAGGAGUUUCUGCAAUCAUGGAUGAACUCCCAUACAUCAGGGUUUUUCUGGCCAAAUACUGUAAGUAUAUCAUGACUGGUCCAACCUACAAAACUGCAGGCUUUGGUUUCGCUUUUCCAAUAGGGUCUCCUUUGGUACCUGAUGUUUCUAGGGCAGUGCUGCAAGUAACAGAGGAGCAAAUGAGGAACAUUUCUAACCAAUGGUUUGGAGGAGCAGCCGGUUGUGAUGAACAGAAAGGAGCUAAAGUCACCUCCGACAGCCUCACGCUCGAUAGCUUCAAGGGUCCUUUUCUCAUUGCUGGGUUAUCAUCAACCUCUGCUCUCAUCAUCUUCUUGCUCAUGUUUUUGUAUGAAAACAGAGAAAAGUUGAUGUCUGAAGGUUCAAUAAGCCAAAAGCUUGCUGCAAUUGCAAAAACAUUUGACAAUGAAUCCAGAAAGACAAAAGAAGUAGUGGAUAUCGACAAGAGUCCAGCAAUUAGUGUUUACCAUCAAGAAGCAGUAGUUUUCUGUCAUGAUGAAGGAGGAUCUUCUACUACUGAACCUGGGACUCCACUUACUGCCAUAGAGACCUAGUUGAUGACUUGAUGAUGAUAUCAUUCUUUUCUAAUUUCUAGUAUGUAGUGUCUAUAUCAUCAUCUGUAAACCUAUCAUUAAAGGCAGGGUCAUGUUUGCAGGC